AUGGUCUACCGAGGAAAGCUAUCGGCUGGCUGCGAUGCAUGUCGCAAAGCCAAGAAGCGUUGCGAUUUGGGAGAGCCAUCGUGUACAAGAUGUCACAAGCUCAACAAGCCCUGCUCAGGCUACCGCGAUACAACCCAGCUUCAGGUCCUCGAUGAAAGCGCAUCAAUCCGAGCAAAGGCWGAAAACAAGACAGUCGUUCCGGUGAGAACCAUUGAAUAUCGCCACAAUACGCAAUCGAGCAGCUCGUCAACGCGGCCAUCCUCGAGUGCGAUACCUAGAAGCACACCUYAUCAUCAAUCGUAUUUACCCUUGAUUGGGUUUUUAAGGCCUGCGGUACCGGGAGUGAGCUCUGGCACGAAUGUGCAUUCUGCUGAGAGUUCAUCACCUCGAAUUGAUGCAACGGCCCUGGAGCAGCAAGCGCUUCACGGUCAGGCCUAUGGAGCGCCUUCUCACGUUCCUGGCGCCAUAAAACCGGCGCCCGAAGACUGUGCCAAAAACUUCUUCUUUAAGCAAUUCACUUCCGAACUGGGGCAAUGGUCCUAUCUUCGGGAAAUGUUCAAAAAUCAACGGCCAGAGCCGGCGCUGGAUCUUGCUGUUCGCGUAUGCGGUAUGGCCUCGCUAGACAAUGUCCACGGGACGGGGACUGGGGUGGACAGAAGCAGACCAAUAUACGCAGGGGCGCUUCGACUGUUGAACGCGGCUUUGAGAGAUCCAAUUCGAUGCAAAACAGACGAGGUGUUGAUUGCUGUCCACCUCCUUGGCGUCUACGAGCUACUUGCUUGCGAUUCUCGCGAUUCGAUCAUGUCAUGGAAAGCUCACAUGGAUGGCGCACGAAAGGUCWUGUACAUUCGCGGCAAAGCCCAGUUCAAAACGUUCUGCGGUCGUCAGCUAUUCCGAGAACACCGCGCGCAAAUCCUGAUUCACGCUAUGUGGGAGGACCUGGAAUGUCCGAGCUUCCUCUGGGGUUGGGAUCCCGAGUUGAAGAAACAGAGCCAUCCUAGCGAGUUGGCUGUGAUGGCCCCGGCGGAUAGUCUGGGUCGCAUAACCAUAGACUACACCACACUAAGGCAUAAAUUCCGAAACAGGGCAAUCUUGGAUGCCAACGCCAUGAGCACUGCUCGCAAUAUCGAGGAGCGCAUGAUACAAUGGUCAAUCGACACGAUGGCCCAUUCAGGCAUGUUCUGGGCAUAUCGAGAGAUCAAAGUCGCAGACUCACCGCAUGUGUGGAACGGGAUGGUCCACGGCUUUUCAGGAUGGCCAGGUGUGCCGACUAUUUGGAACAUGUACCGAACCAUUCGCAUAAUGUUGACUCGUACGCAGGAGCAGAUUCUUCGCCGCUUCGAGCUUCCUGCGAGGGAUUCGGAAGCACAGCUCGCGUACUUGAGGGAUGUCAGAAAGGCGCAUGCUGAUGGUAUAUGCGGUGCUGUCCCGUUCCAGCUCGGUCACGCAGCGCCGGCUCCAAAUUCGCCUUGCAUCGUUGUGUCUGCUUACGGUUCGAUCUGGCCAUUGUUCUUUGCGGGAACGUGUGCGCUUGAGCGAGUAGGUUCUGCUGCGUGGAUGCGUGUCCUCGCCGGGAACCCGCUCAACGAAGAGGCAACCAGCGCAAACGAAAACAUCGCUCAAGCAGCAUGGAUCAUCAACCGCCUGGUGUAUAUUUCAAAGCAUAUGGGGCUGCGUUGGGCUGACGGUCUCGCCGCAACCCUCAACGGCGACUUUGAAAAGUGCAACAACGUUCCACUGGAUGGGAGCCAAAAGCGAGAACCCGAUCGUGAUCCUUGGCGCAAGCAACUCCACGAAUCAGACCUAGGUCCUUUGAUGAUGCAGAAAUGGAGAAAAGCUGCCACAGAGUACGGCAUGAUCGAGCCUCAAGACAACAAGCCACUACCGUCUACGCAACAGAUCUUGCGCGGUUCUUGA